AUGGAUUCCGAGGAAGAGUUAAUUAGCGAUGGCUCGAGCCAGGAGCAUAUGCUUGAUAUGCAAGGGAGUGAUGACGAGAGUUUAGGGGACGUUGCAGAUUUUGGCGACGAUGACCUUGGCGGCUCUUUCUACGAUAAAGAGAUUAUCAAGCAACCUCGAAAACCCUACGAGGUCGACUUUAAGGUCUUGAGCCCCGAAGAUAUCCAACGAGAACAAAAUAUGCAAAUAAAUGAAGUUGCUUCGAUCCUGGGACUACCCCUGGAAUCAGCAGCUAUCCUAUUGCGGUUUGCUCGCUGGAAUCGGGAGAAGUUGAUCGAAUCGUAUAUGGAAGACAAUGACAGAAUACAGGAAGAAGCUGGUGUUGGAGCGGCAUUUUCAGGUACCCCGAAAACUGAGGUCAUUCCCGGAUUCGUGUGUGACAUUUGCUGUGAGGAUAGGAAAGGUCUGGAGUCAUACGCCAUGCGAUGCGGUCACCGGUUUUGCGUUGAUUGUUAUCGUCAUUAUCUUGGUCAGAAAAUUAGAGAGGAAGGAGAGGCUGCCAGAAUACAAUGCCCCCAGAACAAAUGCCAUCGCAUCGUUGACUCCAAGACUUUGGAUUUAUUGGUAACGGAAGAUUUGCAGGAGAGGUACCACCGCCUUCUAAUUCGUACCUAUGUGGAUGACAAAUAUAAUUUGAAGUGGUGCCCAGCACCAAAUUGCGAAUUUGCCAUAGACUGUGGCGUGAAAAAGCGUGACCUGAAUCGUGUUGUCCCAACUGUUCAUUGCAGAUGCAGCCAUAGCUUCUGCUUUGGUUGCACUCUGAAUGAUCACCAGCCACCUCCUUGCUCAUUGGUCAAAAAGUGGCUGAAGAAAUGCAAAGAUGACUCCGAAACCGCAAACUGGAUAUCUGCGCACACUAAGGAAUGUCCGAAAUGUUCAUCCACCAUUGAAAAAAAUGGCGGCUGUAACCACAUGACGUGCCGAAAGUGCAAGCAUGAGUUCUGCUGGAUGUGUAUGGGGCUGUGGUCUGAGCAUGGAACUAGUUGGUAUAACUGUAAUCGCUUCGAGGAGAAAUCAGGGGCUUCGGCCCGCGAUGCCCAAGCUCGUUCCAGACAAUCGCUCGAACGAUAUCUCCACUACUACAAUCGUUAUGCGAACCACGAGCAAUCCGCAAAGCUGGACAAGGACCUUUACCUCAAGACUGAGAAGAAGAUGAUGAGCUUGCAAUCCCAGUCCGGACUGUCGUGGAUCGAGGUUCAAUUUCUUGACACCGCAUCCCAUGCGCUUCAGCAAUGCCGACAGACAUUGAAGUGGACUUACGCUUUCGCUUUCUACCUUGCCCGCAACAAUCUGACGGAGAUAUUCGAGGAUAAUCAGAAAGAUCUAGAGAUGGCAGUCGAAAGUCUUAGUGAGAUGUUUGAGAAACCCAUUGAUCAGCUGUCGGCUUUGAAAAUUGAUAUCCUGGACAAAACCGCCUAUUGCAACAAGAGACGUGUCAUUCUGUUGAGCGACACUGCGGAGAAUUUGAAAAACCGUACGUAUCCGACUGCCUAA